UACAGGAUACGUAAGGCAGUAGGUACAUUAAUUUGUCAAGAUCAUGGUCAUUAACAAGAAGAGUAUGGAAAAUGAAGUAUUGUUAGGCGAUGCCAUACUACAAAGAGACAUUCCAGGCAUUGAUUCAGGUCCUGAUACGAAAUUGAGGUGGUUGCGCUCUCAAAUAAUAGGCCGUGUUGCUCUUGUCCACACUCCAUUUGGAAUACGUAAACUCACUUAUGCUGAUCAUACAGCCUCAGGUCGUUGUCUUCAAUACAUUGAGGAAUACAUCAUCCAAACUGUUCUUCCAUUUUACGGAAACACUCACACAAGUGACAGCUACGUUGGCUAUCGGACCACCAAAGUUGUACAUGAUGCAACUGAAUAUGUCAAGAAAUGCUUAGGUGGAACUCAAGAUGAUGCACUUUUCUUUUGCGGGUCAGGCACCACUGCAGCUAUAAAAAAGCUUCAGGAAGUCAUGGGAGUUGCUAUUCCAUCGAUACUCAAAGAGAAAGUAUUAAAAUCAUGUUUACGAAAUGAAGAAAGGUGGGUUGUUUUUGUUGGUCCAUAUGAGCACCACUCCAAUCUCCUCUCUUGGAGGCAAAGCUUAGCAGAAGUAAUAGAGAUCGGUUUAGAUAAAGAUGGAAUGAUUGACAUGGAUGAUUUAAAGUGCCAGCUGCAGUUUUAUCAAGGCACGGGCCGCCCAAUGCUUGGUUCUUUCUCUGCUUGUAGUAAUGUCACAGGAAUUUGUUCUGAUACUCGUUCUCUAUCUAGCCUGCUUCAUGAGUUUGGAGCUUUUGCAUGCUUUGAUUUCGCAGCAAGUGGACCAUAUGUUGAGAUUGACAUGAGGUCAGGUGCUAUUGAUGGCUACGAUGCCAUAAUCUUAAGUCCUCACAAGUUUCUUGGAGGGCCGGGAUCACCAAGAAUUCUUCUGAUGAACAAGAUCUUGUACCAGCUUAAAAAUGCCCCCCCAUCAACAUGUGGAGGUGGUACCGUUAACUAUGUUAAUUACUUUGAUGAACAGGACACCUUAUACAUCAAUGAUAUUGAAGAAAGGGAAGACGCUGGGACGCCUCAAAUCAUCCAACGAGUGAAAGUAGCUUUAGCCUUUCAGGUUAAAGAAUACAUCGGAGGCAGAGUAAUUGAAGAGAAAGAAAAUGAAUAUGUAGGAAAGGCCUUAGAGAGACUGACCCGUAAUAAGAACAUAUGGGUGUUGGGAAAUACUAAAGUUGUGAGACAAGCAAUCAUAUCUUUCCUCAUUCACUCAACUUCAUCCUCACCGGAUGCCGGUAACAAAGUAGAUGAGGAAAUUCACAUAUCAAGUGAGACAUGUUAUAAAAGAGACAAGCCACUGGAUGGGGCUUUUGUCGCUAAGCUCCUAAAUGACCUCUUUGGUAUUCAAGCUCGAGGAGGGUGUGCUUGUGCUGGACCUUACGGGCACCACUUGCUUGGUAUCGAUAAACCUCUCUCGCUAGCAAUUAAAUCUGCAAUUGAAAUGGGAGACUGAACUCCAAUGUAAGGCAGAGUGGUGAUAUUUUGAUUAAUGGAUUCAAGAAAAGACUAGCAUAUGGAACAUCGG